AUGCUGGUCACAGUUCUUACUCUCUUGCUAAUCGGCGGCUGCAAUGGCGUUGUCUACAGCAUUAACAGUAGCGAGUACCGCCGGAUGCCCCCAAUGUAUCAGCUCGAUGACUUCGACGGGUGCAUGCUGGACGCAGGAGGCACCUACUGCGUCAUUGACCUAGAUCUGUUCACCACGGAGCCCUCAACACUAAUGCAGUUGAUAGAUGAAUACUCGGCGGACACAAAGAAACAUUUCAAUCACACACUUAUACACAGAGCAGUGUGUGUAACGCAGACUUGCGCGCACAUAAAUAGUACAUGGGGCCUAAGCACGACCCUUGAGGUAUGCCUGAAUGAAUCAAUAUGGCGAGAAUACAGCUUGCAAGCGCGACUGAACAGAGUCCAUUACUGUAAAAGCAAAGACGAACAACUGGAUUUGGACACGAGUGACUUCAUUAUGAUUAUCGUUUACCUGAUAUUGAUAGCACUGAAUGUUAUAGGAAGCUUGUACGAUGUUCUUUUCUGCCAACCUAAUUGCAAAUCAGGUAACGCUUACGUAUUGGCAUUCUCGCUCCGUCGGAACUGGGCGAAGCUGGUGGCGUCCAGCGGUGCGGGUCCAGAGCCGCGGAUGGAGAGAUUAAAGUCCUUCCACGGGCUGAGGGCGAUGACAAUGGUAUGCGUAAUAUUCUCGCACGCCGUACUGGUCAUGGGGAACGGUUACAUAGAGAAUCCGCUGUACGUCGAGAAGGCCUUCGAAGAUCCCAUUAAGCAAAUACUGUUCAACGGCAGCCUCGUGACGCACACCUUCUUCGUGAUGUCCAGUUUCCUAUUGGCGUACAAUUUCGAGACCAACGCGGAGAAGCACAAGGUCUCGUGGUGGCAUUUCCCCAAGGGCGUCCUCCUGAGAUGGAUACGCCUAACCCCGUCGUACGCGCUGGUGCUGGCGACCAUCGCUACUUUGAUGAGGCACAUGGGCAGCGGCCCCACGUGGGAUCUCGUGGUCACCGCCGAGUCGAACGCCUGCAGGCAGUAUUGGUGGGCGCAUUUGUUGUACGUUCACAACUAUUUGUACGAGGACAAAUGCAUGAUGGCCACCUGGUAUUUAGCGGCCGACACGCAGCUAUUUUGCUUUGGCCUGCUCUUGUGCCUGGUCUUCCGUUCAUCGAGGGCUCGCAAACGGGCCCUCGCCGCGACCUUCCUGCUGUCCCUGGCGAUCACCUCCGCCACGACCUACUUCGAGAAUCUGGAUGCAAUCGUUAUCCAGUCACCCGAGUCCGCUCGCACCGUGUACGAUGACAACGAUACGUUCCAUCGCAUGUACGUGCUGGGCCACACCAACCUGUCCACUUACACGCUGGGCUUAGCUGGCGGCUUCCUCGUCUACCGCUGGCAGUCGCAGGGCAAGGACUUGGAGGAGUACAAGAAGUACAGGUGGAUAGUGUGGCUGCUAUUUCCUCUGGGGGUUCUGCUUAUACUGUCUGGGGCGAUCUUCUACAUAGAAGACUGGAGCGUACCGAGAGCUAUCGAAAUCAUUUACGCAACUUUCUACAAGCCUCUGUUCCAGCUGUUCAUCGUCGCCUUCAUACUGAGCUGCAUCUUUAAGCUUGAAUCGGUGUACCGGCCCAUAGUCGAAUGGCGCGGCUUCACGUGGUCCGGCCGACUCACUUACGGGGCCUACUUGCUCCACGUGAUGUUCCUGAGGGGCUUCGCCGGCUCCCAACGGCAGUCCACCUACAUUUCGGAUUACAACGUGUUGGUCUUAUUAGCGGCUACGGUGAUGAUGUCCUUCUUAACGGCAGCACCGCUAUGGCUAUUCGUGGAGGCGCCUGUGGCUGGUAUUACCAAGGCCGCAUUAACGAGGGCGCCCGAGCGGUUCAACGGCCAA